CUCCUCCACCACGACCUCGUAGAAUACUCCGCAAACAUGUCACGGGCCGCACAGCGCAGCGGCGCGGCCCCGUCGAAGCGCGCCCAAGAGGAUGGCGACAUGUGCCCGGUCUGCAAGUCGGCGCGCUAUCUGAACCCUGACAUGCGCUUUCUCGUGAACCCGGAAUGUUACCACAAGAUGUGCGAAUCGUGCGUGGAUCGCAGGUUCUCCCAAGGUCCAGCAGCCUGUCCUAUUGCUGGGUGCAAAAGAACGCUCCGCAAAGCGAGGUUCAGGACGCAGACAUUUGAGGAUAUCAAAGUCGAGCGGGAGGUGGACAUAAGACGAGAAGUGGCGAGUGUCUUCAACCGGGAGGAAGACGAUUUCGAAACUCUACAGAAUUACAACGACUAUCUAGAACAAGUUGAAAAUGUCACAUGGAACCUCAUCAACGACAUCGAUGUCGAGGACACACGGAGGAAAAUGGACGCUUACAAGGAAGAGAACCGGAGGCAAAUCACACGGAAUCAAUCCAACGCUGCUCAAGAGGCCAUUUCACGCAAGGCGCGGGAAGAAGAAGAUCAUGAGUUGACCCGUUUGAGAAGGGCCGACGCACGACGAGAGGACGAGCUUGAACGCCAGGAAAAGUCUGAUGCUAGGAAAGGCAUCAUCAACAAGCUCGCCACAACGAAGGGUGAUGCAGCGAGCAUUGCGCGAGAAGGCAGGAGAGCGGAGCUGAAGAAGAGCUCGGCCCAGAGAGUAGCACUGGACAAGAAACGAGACGGCGAUGUCUUCUCCUCGGGGACAGAGAACGGUGACGCUAGCAGUGCGUUUCUGUUCAAGGGCCUGAAGAAGCGGGUUGCGCCCCCUCCAGAAAAGCCGUAUGAUCCGUACGGAGGCUGGUCGGCAGAGAAGGAAUACUUCUCGCAGCAGGAUUUCUACGACUGGGACUACCUAAGUAACGCUCGAACGGACCCUCGUUAUUCUGCUGGGGGCUAUGACAUCAACGACUAUUGCGCGAGAGCAUUGUGUGAUGCGUUCUCCGGAUUCGGUGUCUUUAUUCAAGACGAGGUUUCGGGCAGAGACCUUGGCUCGACCCCAUCGAUGGCCACUACUGCAGCAGCAGCAGUUGGCGGCGAGAGAGUGGACGCAAAAAUGGACGACGUGUUUUGAAUGAUACCCUGGUUUGAAGCAUUUGGUGGCGUUUGGAUAUUCGGAAAGGCCCAAAGAUAAAUCCUCGAACCCGACAAGGGGAAGUGUCUGUACCUUUGCUGAUAAGCGUCUUUUAUGUAUAGCUUAUUGUGACUCGUGACCUUAAUGACUGCCGCCUAGUAGCAGGCGACACCUUCGUAGGAUGAAGGGCCUCACACGUCAGAUGCAAGGUGAGACUUGGGAGUCUAACUAAGCUCGAGCUCAAGACACCUGUAACAUCAUUGAUAACUUUGAUAGGAGUAAUAACUGUAUUAACUGCAUAAUUGUAUGUGUCUAUAUCUAUCCCGGGCAGCUUCUCAUCAAGCCAGGCGGUCCUAAAACACCAACUUCUUCACAGACUUCCGUUUGAGUUCACGCCGGGGCAUAG